AUGUCGUCUGGUGAUAUCAGUGAAAUUUACGGUAAUCUCUUUCUCGGCUCCGCCAAAGCAUCCAAAUCACUUAAUCUGCUAACAACGCACGGCAUAACGCAUAUAGUGAACAUAGCCGGUCGUCAACAUUUUUCCGACCAAUUCGUAUACAAACGCGUCCAUUUCGAAGACGUUGAAGAGUUUGACGAGGUGGACAAAUUACGAGAAAUAUUUUCAUGGCUGGACGCAGUGCUGGCUGAUACGAAAUCGAAGGUGUUGGUUCAUUGUAUGGGUGGAAUAUCCCGUUCGGCUUCGGUAGUUUGCGGCUAUUUGGUGUGGUCGAAGAAAUUCAAAUUAGAUGAAUCCGUUGCGUUUGUAAAAAGUCGUAGACCGCAAAUACGACCUCGGCAAUUGGAGGCUGUUAGACGAAUCGAGGUGGAAGUGCAGAACAGUGAGAAUAAUUGA